AGUUAAAAGUAGAGACUUGUGGCUUUUCUGGCUUAUCAGCAUUACCCAGCUUUUAAAUGUAUACCAGAAUCAACUGACUUCCCCUUGUUUAAAAUAAACAUUUAAUCCCAAGGCAUAUAGACCCACUGUGACAUUGUCCAUCUGCCCUGGAUGUGAACUGACACAAGAAGAUAGUAUGCAGGAGGAAUGGACCAAAGUCUCUGACUCUGGAACCUUAGUUCUUGCCUCUAGCUGAUGUGUGCCCACGUUCUGCCUCCUGUGCUCACAGCAGCCCAGCAGAUAUGGAGAAUCCCCAGCACCCCGGAAGUUCGGGCUGGAACAGGCCUCCCGAUGCCCAUCCCAGAGAGAAGGCAGACGCCGAAGCAGGCGCAGCAGCCGCGCUCCAUCCGGAUACCUUCAGCCCCGACGAAGCCUUGAAUUUCAUCAAUGCCCCAAGCUCUAACUCUUCCAUGACUACAAAGGAGCUCCAGGAAUAUUGGAAGAAUGAGAAAUGCCACUGCAAACCAGUCAAACUUCUCUUUGAAAUAUCAUCUACCAGAAUUGUGAAAAAAUUUUCUUCCAAAUAUGUGAUGUAUAAAAUCAUCGUCAUUCAGACAGGGAGUUUUGACAGCAACAAAGCCAUCUUGGAGAGGCGGUACUCAGACUUUGAGGUGCUCCACAAAAACCUCCUGAAGAAUUUCAGUGAAGAAAUUGAAGAUAUCAUCUUCCCCAAGAAAUACCUGACAGGCAACUUCACAGAGGAGAUGAUCAGUGAGAGGAAGCUCGCCUUUAAGGAAUACCUGAGUCUUCUGUACUCCAUCAAGUGUGUCCGCCGCUCCAGGGAAUUCAUUGACUUCCUCACCAGAGCAGAACUAAAGGAGGCCUAUGGCUGCCUGAGGGCAGGACAGUAUGUCAAAGCCUUGGAUAUUUUUAUCCAGGUGGUGCCCCUGCAAGAGAAACUCACCCGCCACUGUCCCAGCCUGGUGGUCCCGUCUCUGUGUGCCAUGCUGGUGUGCCACCGAGACUUGGAGCACCCCGCAGCAGCCUUUGAAGUGGGGGAGAAGGUUCUCCAAUUGCCAAUGCACUCUAGCCAUAAAUACUAUGUCCCCUUUCUGGAGGCCAUGAUCCACCUGGCCUAUGUGCUGGGGAAGGACUUUGUCUCUUUGCAGGAGAAGCUGGAAGAAAGCCAGCUCCAGAAGGCCCCAGCCAGAGGCAUCACUUUGAAAGAGCUUGCUGUCCGAGAGUACCUACACUAAAGGGUAGCUCACAUUCUGCAUGGCUUUGCAAGCAAGUCAGGUCACGUCAACAAGGAUUUAUCAGCUCUUUCUAUGUGCCAGGGGCCAUACCAAGCACUAGGGAUGCAAGGACAGAGUCCCAUUCUAGUAGGGGAAAAGGCACAGAAUCCCAUAGGUAAAACAGGCAGGAACAAAGCUACAGACAAAAGCUACAGACAGAGCAGAUACGACACUGAGAGAGUAAAACAAUAGCAACGGGAGGGACGGAGGAUCGCAGGGUAAGUGAGAUCUGAGUGGGGCUUUAAGAGAAGCUAAGAGGCAGACCUGAGCGUUGCAGGUACUGCAGCAGGAGGUAGAGAGGACAGUAGGUGUCAUUUGGCCCCUGAUGCUGACGGCUGCGAGUAGCAGAGAAAGAGCAUGUCGAGUGUCACGGCUCCGUCAGCAUCUUUAGUGUGAAGUGGAAAGGAGGAAUGAGAAGCCAGUUGUCUGUCUGUCAAUCUGUCUCCAAAUUCCAGUUUGAAUUUAAGUAGAUAGAUAUUUCAAACUCCUUUGACAGACAGAUUGUCCAAACCAAGUUUUUAGACUCCUAGUUUGAGGUUCAGUGAGUCUCAAGAGAGAAUAGCAAGUGGGAUUUUGUGAAAGGUCUCUUUGCAUGUGGAAAUUAUUAUCCUUUUCCUCUUGAAUGAUGAUAUAAAUAACUUGUUAAAAAGUGAUUUUUAAAUUUUUUUGAAGAGAUCAUCACCUCUCAGCUUCAUCUUGCCAAUGCCUUCACUUUUUCAUAGCUUUCCUUAUUCUCUCCCCAAAAGCACAGCCACCAAACAACCAGACCUUACAGCACAUAGUUAAUAGAAUUAUCGAGUGCUCUGAAAAAGGGGACCAACUUCAAAAGACAACUUUAGGAAACCAAAGUCAAAGUGUCCUAGCUUCUGACCUGCAAGAGCUAUUGAGAACAUUCAAUUCCCCACCCCCCAUCAGUGUUUCUUAGAGUAUCUUUCACCAAGUCACUGCCAAAAGCAUGCUGAUCCAUCAGUAUGUUCUUCCAAAUCUAUCUGCAAAAACCUCUCCUGCACUGAUAUCAAUGUUGCCAUCUCUGAUUAUUUUCCUCCUGUUUCUUAUUGCUCUUCAUUAUUAACUUUUAUGCCCUUCUCUUUUCAUUACCUACAAAAUCUUGUAAAACUAUCCAUUUAAUUCCUGCUUCUUCCAGCAAGCCUUCUCUGACUUCUCCAACCCUCUCCUUCUGCACUUAUUCAUGAUUCUAGUCUCCUCCAGGAUCUCUCAGUACCUUUAGUUGUUGCCAGUGGGUGCUUCAUUUCACAUCGCUUUUUAGCCAGGCUGUAAACUACCUGAUGGCAGUGUGGAGGGCUUCUCCUGUAUUCCCCACAGCACCUAUUACAGAGCUGGACGUAAAAAGAAAUUCAAUAAAUGCUUGUUGACCUGAA